UGUUAUUCUCUGCAAUCUGGAAGCUGAAGCGAGAGAGGGAGAACAGCAGAACGGGUGAUGGUUCGAUGUUUGUCGUGCAACACGACUGGACAAGAGGGUAAGCCAGUACCGUGAAGAUCGCCAGGAAGAUGCGGCUCUCUCGACUACCUCUCCUCUCCGGAGUUUUGACCGGAUCGACUCUGAUAUGCUUUCCGAGCGCGGUUCCCGCCGAGUCUACCCAGCCCGACCACCUGACGCUAGACUGGAGUGAGUGGAUCGACCCACCAGUGGCGCCUGUGACGGACAACUGGGCCACCAGCAGCAUGGAAGAACUGUUGACCACGCCCUGCGUGGAUGCUGCACAGACGGGUGGAUGCCACCAACUUCGACCAGCACAAGUGCGGACGCUUGUGCACGAUUGUGCCCGCCGGUUGAAGGUCGCAGGCAAUCUCUGUGGGCAUAUCGAGACUCCCGUCGUCAAGCAUGACUAUCGGCUUCCUCAUAUGGAGUCGGGAGUGCUUCCUUGUGGAUUCGAGGAGCGUACGCCGAACGAAGUCUUGGAGGACAUGGCCUCCAAGUUCACCUUCCAUUUCAUUGGCGACAGUACCAUCCGCAGACUCGGGGAGAGCUUCGUGUCAAUAUUCACGGGACAAGGAUCAAAACAUGAGAUAGUUCACAGCGACUUGGACUUCUCUACAGGGAAUCUAGAGGUUCUCUUUUACUGGUCACCGUUCUGUUUUGGGCCUGAGAGCGUUGGCUCGAAACUGGCGACCGUCAUGGACGGAGUGCAAGCUGCGAAGAGGGGCGACAAGCGCACCGUGAUCAUCACAGCAUUUGGCGUCCACGACUCGUAUGAGCUACCGCUGCUAGACAAGGGGAGUGCGAGCACCUCGUACAUGGACGCCCUCCCUCCAGACUUCGUUGACAGUGGAGGUGUGAGGACCGCCACCCUUGGCGCUUGUCAGGCCACCACUGCCCAGCUUGUACAAGCAGCUGCAGCGAACGUGAUGGCAUGGACCGACCCGACCGCGGAGAAGGGGCAAUUGUCGAAGGCGGUGCACGCUUCGCCGAACACUACCAGGAGUACCACGGAAACCAACGGGGUUUCGUUUUCAUUCGGAGCACCUGGCACAACAGCGGCAACGGACCCCACACCCCCGCUGGUCUUCCUCAUGCAAAACAACCUAUACCCUCCAAACUCUCCGGAAGACAACUACCUCGAAGACCUCCGUCGACUUCAGCGACAAGAGGUUCAGGAGUGGGAGGCAGGCGAGGGCAAUGAGGACGCUGAGGGAGGCAUUUUUCUUGUAGACGACAGCGUUAGUCUCUUCCGUAAUUUAUCUUGCUACCGCGAAAGCAACCCUAUCCAUUUCCAUGAGCCCGUGAAACUCGUGGAAGGAAAGAUGCUUUGGGACCUGGUUGCACUCGUCGAGCGCGAGAGCGCAUCGCCUCUCGUCCCCUGAUCGGGCGGCGUGGGUUCCGAUGGUCGCGGUGGUGCUGAGCGCGUUUUGGUGAUAUAAAAUUAUUUGUGUGUGUAUAUGUCCGUGGUUGCAUGUUGCUGUUCUCAUCUGAUGAAACGCUUGGGCUCCUGUGCGCCGGCAACGCCUGAUAGAGGUGGACAAUUGGUGCAGAGACGUGGCCAGUUCAUGUAUGCGAUACCUUCGAAGGAAUAUUGAGGGCGUAACUCGCCCGAUCCUGUGCGUGUUGAAUUCAGACGAAGUGUUUCGAAAUAAAUGCACUCACAUUGGUGUGAUGGAUAGUAGACAAAGUACUGUAUGUAUCUGUAAUGCGUUCACAUAGGUUUGAGCACACGAGCUCGUAGGCAUCCGCGAACAAUUUCCACCGUCCGCAUCAUCAGUGGAUCUCUUGGGUGACGCUCGUGGAAACGUUAUAGGCGUCAGAAGGCUUUAACGUGUGAAGAAGGUAGAAGCCCAUGGUUUCCGAGGACAGUUGAUUUGGUCGCGGGUUCAAGGUUGAGGGCCAGAUUUCUCGAGAGGACCUGGAUUGUAUGUGUGAAAAAGUUAUUUUUUUGUCCUUCGGCGCGCGACCGUAUUUUUUUUAGCUUUUACACUUGGUUUUAAAGUUGAAAAUUCCGGAUAACAGGCAUUCAUAAAAUACACCCCCGGAGAAAAAAAAAUUACGGGUGAUUGGUUGGUGUGCUACCUGCUGUUGAGCCGUCGCAGGAAUGUCAGAAAAAUGUAGGGGACCUUGCACGACAAUAUUUACGUUCU